CCCUCGCGUGCCCACCCGCCCUCAGCAUGGGGAACAGUAAGAGCGGGGCCCUUUCCAAAGAGAUCCUGGAGGAGCUUCAGCUCAACACCAAGUUCACUGAGGAGGAGCUGAGCGCCUGGUACCAGUCCUUCCUGAAAGAGUGCCCCAGCGGCCGCAUCACGCGCCAGGAAUUCCAGAGCAUCUAUGCCAAGUUCUUCCCCGAUGCUGACCCCAAGGCCUACGCGCAGCAUGUCUUCCGCAGCUUCGAUGCCAACAGCGAUGGCACGCUGGACUUCAAGGAGUAUGUCAUUGCGCUGCACAUGACUACGGCGGGCAAGCCCACGCAGAAGCUCGAGUGGGCCUUCUCCCUCUACGACGUGGAUGGCAACGGAGCCAUCAGCAAGAGUGAAGUGCUGGAGAUUGUCAUGGCUAUUUUCAAAAUGAUCAACCCUGAGGAUAUGAAACACCUUCCAGAUGAUGAAAACACCCCGGAAAAGCGGGCUGAGAAGAUCUGGACAUUCUUUGGAAAGAAAGAUGAUGAUAAACUUACAGAAGAAGAAUUCAUAGAGGGAACCCUCGCCAAUAAAGAAAUCCUGCGACUCAUCCAAUUUGAGCCUCAGAAAGUGAAGGAAAGGAUAAAGGAAAAGAAACCCUGAUGCCAACUGCUCAGACCUCUCUACCUACCCCUCCCCCAACUCAAAUACCUGUGAGCACACAUUCACCUGCAUGUCCACACACACACACCCAGGACCAAGAAAGAGGCUCCAAAGCCUGGAGCAGCUCCCUGCCAAGCUGAAGGUCUUGACCAGUCCAUUGGUCCCUGUUUCUCUGUCUUUAAUGACCCUUCUCCCAUCAUCACCUGCCCAUCCCUCCCUCCCCACACCCCUGUGAUAAUCCUAGGAUUACAUAGUAGGAGUCUUAAGUAUUGUCCCUCUCUCUGUAAGCUCCUUGGUGGGUUGCUGAGUAAGCAGGUUCCAAUAAAUACAACAGGAGCUAGG